CACAAUUUUCGUUGUCGUAUUUACGGGAGCGCGCGCGGAAUGACUUCCUUUCCGGUCUGACCCAACAACAUGGAUGCCAGCCGCGUGCAACCGAUCAAGCUCGCUAGAGUCACCAAAGUGCUCGGGAGGACUGGUUCGCAGGGACAAUGUACACAGGUCCGCGUGGAGUUCAUGGAUGACAGCAACCGCUCCAUCAUCAGGAACGUGAAGGGGCCAGUCAGAGAAGGAGAUGUGCUGACACUCUUGGAGUCUGAAAGAGAAGCCAGGAGGUUGCGAUAGAAGCGCCCUUCGACGCUGAGGUGACGUCCAACACCAUGAAGCCGACGCAUCGGCCUCACCUCCAGCUCACCGGCUCCUGUUCACGUGUUUGAAAUAAAAUGUGAAAAAGUU